UGAUAUGUGACCCGAUACUUUCUUCCAGGUUUUUCUUUAAAGGAAUAGUGGCGUUAUUUAAAACAGUAGCUUUUAAAAGAUAUGGUUAAAGCAGGGGAGAAAACAGCCCACCUGUAAUUCUCGGUAUUUUAACUUAGGUCCCGCGUCUGGGGAAUCCUCCUAGGUCCUUGAAGCUAGGCAGUGAAGUAAAAAAGCGACUACAACUCUUGGACUACAACUCCCAAGAGACAUUGUGUCCACAUCCUCUGCGCACGCUCGACCUCUGUGGCUGCGUAGGGCACCGAGCCGAGGAGGCGGGGCUUGGGCCUAAGCAGCGGCCGUGGGCGGGGCUAGAGGCGUGGCCACAAAGGGGGCGGUGCUGCCGGCGAGGCCCGGAACACGCUAGCGGAGUGGAAGAUGGCGGCGGCAGCGGUGGCUGCAGCCGGGACCCCAGUCGGGCUGAGGCGGAGGAGCCGCCGGUUCUGACCUCGCUCUGGCUCCAGUGCGCGCGGCGGAGCGUGUGCGAGGCCCCGCGCGUCGGGAAGGGGCGGCGGCGACUGCGCGCCGCCUUGAGGAGCGUCCCGGCGGCGGCGCGGCUGCGGCUGAGGAGAGAGCCGGCUCCGGGCCUCCGCGUCCUUCUGCUCCCCGGGCCCCCCGCCUCCUCGGGGGGGCGGCGGCGGCGAUGUUCUCGGUCCUCUCGUACGGGCGACUGGUGGCCCGCGCUGUGCUCGGCGGCCUCUCGCAGACCGACCCCAGGGCCGGCGGCAGCGGCGGCGGCGACUACGGGCUCGUGACGGCCGGCUGCGGCUUCGGCAAGGACUUCCGUAAGGGCCUCCUUAAGAAGGGCGCGUGCUACGGAGACGAUGCGUGCUUCGUAGCCCGGCACCGCUCGGCAGACGUGCUCGGGGUCGCAGAUGGUGUAGGAGGAUGGAGAGACUAUGGAGUUGAUCCGUCUCAGUUCUCAGGGACUUUAAUGCGGACAUGUGAACGGUUAGUAAAAGAAGGACGGUUCGUCCCAAGUAAUCCCAUUGGAAUCCUCACCACAAGCUACUGUGAGUUGCUGCAAAAUAAAGUACCUUUGCUUGGUAGCAGUACUGCCUGCAUCGUGGUGCUGGACAGAACUAGCCACCGCUUGCACACAGCAAACCUGGGCGACUCAGGCUUUCUGGUUGUCAGAGGUGGUGAAGUUGUGCACCGAUCAGAUGAACAGCAGCAUUACUUCAACACUCCGUUCCAGCUCUCAAUCGCACCCCCUGAAGCCGAGGGAGUCGUCUUGAGUGACAGCCCGGAUGCCGCUGAUAGCACAUCUUUUGAUGUCCAGUUAGGAGACAUUAUCCUGACAGCGACAGAUGGACUCUUUGACAACAUGCCUGAUUAUAUGAUCCUUCAGGAGCUAAAAAAGUUAAAGGUGGAAAGCCAGAUGACAUCACUGUCCUUCUCUCAAUAGUGGCUGAGUAUACAGACUGACUCACCUAGGUGUCAACUCCUGCCUCUCCUUUCAUCAUCCCAAAUUCUCCCCUACCGUGUGUGCUGAUCCUGCUGGCAGGACCAUGUUUCUUUGCUACUGAUCUCAGUGGCCAGUGAUGUAAGCCUUUUGCCUGUCUUUUUGAGACCCCAUUGAGAUCUUUGUUGAGAACCACUACUGUCAUUCACUAGCUCAUAUCUGCCAGCAACAUUUGAAGAGAAUCAAGAUUUGAAGAUUGGCCUUCACUUCACAUUGUCCUUUCCAUGAUGGGAUGGAGGUUUUCAAAGCCAAAAUGUCUAUUACUUUUCAAAAACAGUUGAAGUAUUGAAAAUGAGUAAUAUUGGUAAAGUGAAUUCAAAAUUAAAAUGUGUUAAAGGGAUUUUAAAAGUCUAACACAAAUUGUAUGUUAUGGUACAUCUACUAGAAACAUACGUUAUAUAUUAUCAAAAGAUAUGUUACACGUGUACUAUACAGUCUGUGUUAUGAUUGGGUGUGGCUUUAUGUUUUCAUUAUAAACUCCUAUUUUUCAGGGGCUUAUAAUCUUGCUCUAAAACAUUGUUCUGGAUUACAAAAUCUUGAUCCGGGGAGCUUUUUUUUGGUUACAAGUUGGAAGAAAAAUUCAGUUUAGUUCUAUGUAUGCAAAUGUUUCAUGGUUUUUAAAAGAUGAUUAAUUGUGCUCCUGUGAUGAAAGUUUCAGCAGUUUAUUGGUUACUGCAUAUCACAGGCUGGUGGCCUGAUCUGCAGGGGGGUUUGGGGAGACUCCUUACCAAAAAUUUUUAAUGGAAAUAUUAUUCAAGGUUAUAAAUUCCUCAAAGCCUACAAAUUUAAUGUUACAGCUGAAAUUCCUCCCAGCUGUCUGAUAUGAUGCCCCUGUGUGGGAGCUUUAGGCCCAUAGGCCUGAUGGGUUGAGAAUGGAACAGCUCUAACUUUGAAUUUUGUUGGCCUUUGAUGGUCACGCUAUACCCCUUUUCUCACUCUCAGACCUGUUGUUAGUAGCCUUGCUUUCUAUAGAGCAUGUACCAAAUUCAGGGAGUCCAUGUGGAAAGAACACUGUGGGCAGUGACACAAGAGUCCACGAGGAAAACUCCUAGUGAUGAUAUGACAUUUGCAUUUGCCCUACACAGAAAUUUAGGGGUUUCUGAAUCAAGCUUAAUGUUUACAGUUUCCGAAUAGCCAUCUUGCAGUGUAUAGUUUCCUUAUAAAAUUACCCCACAUUCAGUUUUUCCAUUAUCUGCAAAUUCAAACUUAUUUUUAAGGUUUGUGUACAAGUCGACUGCUGUAAAGAUAUAUAUUUUUGGGUCAGUUUUUUUCCUUCAUUAACUUCGUGGUAGAAAAAUAUAUAUACUUAGAAAUCCUUAAAUUAAAGCCAUGUUUUAUAUAUGUCAGGUAACAUUGGUGUAUAGAUGAGAAUGCAAUUAAACCUAAUGAGAAUCUACUUGAGAAUAUAGAAAGUCUCUUUCUCUAAAGGAGAUACUUACUCCCUGGUUUAUUGCAUUAAAACUUAUGUUUGAGGUUACCUCAACUUGUUUUAAAAGAUUUUGUUUUGUGAAUUUGUACUGUAUAUUUGAGUAACUGUCAAGCUUUUGUUUUAUUUAAAAAUGUUUAACAUGUACCAUGUACAUGUCAUUACUAUAUUUCAAUGCAUCAUGCUUGUAACAGGCAUUUCAUUUAUAAUAAGAAUGAGUUAUUCAUUUGUAAGCCGUUCAGUAAUUUAUCUACUAUUCCUAAAUUGGCAUAAUGUUAGAUAUCUAUUUUGAAUCACCUUUAAUUACAUGUCAGAAUGCCUUAACUACCCUAACUUGACAAAACAGAAUUCUUUGGUAGAGGAGAUGGGGGGUGGGGUGGGGGGUGGAGAGAGACUCUGUUUAAAUAAUGAGAAUCCAUCGUGCUGUGAUAAAACACAGAAGCGUGAGUGGCAAGUGGCGGGGUAUUUAUUUUGCACAAACUAUUUGCAGUCUCUGUGUAUUUAAAAAGUAAAGAAAGUUGCAUCCAGAAGGGUUUUGUUGGAAGGAAUACAUUUACACUUGGGCUGACAACUUCAGUUCUUUUGUUGGGUUUUUAAUUAUUUCUGGUCAGAGGUAUGGAGCCUUAUGAUCUGGAUAUAUUUUGUAUUAAUUUUCCAAUGCAUACAUUUAAUUCCAGGUAAGAGCAGUGCUGGUCACGUCACUGGCUUUCUCUGCACUCAUCUAAACCCAUCAAACACAGUCUUCAUAAAGGUAGAUUGAUGGUGGUGUUUUACACAACUCAUUUAAUCAACUUAGUCUUUUUUGAGAAAUGAGCGUUAGAAAUUGACAAUGUGUUUGUUCCAGGGAUGUUGAAAAUAGUGGGACAAGAAUUGAGUUUCACAGGGGAACUGACUUUGGACCUGGCCUGUAGAUUUGGGACACAAAAUAUUUUCUCUUUUUUUCCCCUGCCCUUUUUGUGUUAUGCACUUAAUUUUAUGACUGUGGGGGUCUGUUGGAGUGCUGCUUAACAAGUAACUUUCCUUCCACUGUCAGUGGUCAGAGGCUGUGUAGUACCCAUACUGGAAUUUUCCAUGUCACAGGACCCAAGUCUUUGUGGGGUGUGCCUGAGAUAUACCACUUGGUGGGUCUAAUUCUGAACUUGAUGUGUUAAUUGUAUUUUAAAUCAAGCAGUAUAAACACACAUAUUGAUACAUUUGCCUCACGUAGUGGACUUUUAUAACAAAAGAGAAUUUGGAUUUCUAAUUUACAAAUGGCAAAUUAUUUAUCCCUCUCUGGAUGCACCAAAGACCAGUAAAGUUUAUAGCUUUUCCAUCUAUAUUUAUAAAGCAAUACUGUAUUAUAAAAAUCAAUAUUUUUAUCACAUGCUUGAAAUUUUUAUUUUGUUCUGUUUUAAAGUGUGCACUCUAAACAUAUCAGAACCUUAUUUCUUCCUGUGAACUUAAGCUGCCUGCGCACAAAAAAGAAUUCACCGAAUGGAUACACAGUAGAGUCCAUAGGCUCCUAAAAACUGAAAGAAGAAAUGAGGUGGGGAAAACAAGUUACUUGUCCUGAAUUACUGUACUGGCUUGACAUGGUUGAUGGGUACUAAAUCACAAAAGAAUCCAUUCCAGGUGUGCAUGUCUGGGAAUUGGGCUGUAACUAGAUUAGAAACUAGAUUUCGAGCUUUGCAUGAUGGGCGAGUGUCUUAUCACAUCGGUUGCAUUCGUUCUGGAUAGAAUAGUAGCCUUCAGUACCGCCUUCAGUACCACCAACAUACCACAUCAUGUAACAAGGCAGUAAUUGUGGGAAUUCACUGAGUCAGUUUUGAGCAUUUUGGAGAUUGUAAACAAGAUAGGCUAGAACUGUAAAUGUUUGUACUUCUGAUUAAGUUCAUGGUUCCUUGUCACCUUAUACCAGCUAUCUUUGGUAGAAGCUACAGCAUCCAAUUUUCCUGGAAACUAUCACAUUUUUGCAUUUAACAAAUUUUACAACAUCAAAAAACCAAAAUCUGCUUAUAAAACAAAAUGUGAAACAGAAAACAUUUGGAUUCUAUUGUUUAAAAAAAUUAAAUUCUUUGCAAAAUUGAAGUUCAACUAAAAAUCGACAGUGUCCAUGUCAAAAUUUUAACUGUAAGCAGGUAGUUUGUGGCAAAGAUGGCUAAAUAAUGAAGCAAGUCUGAAUUUGUGUAUACUAAUGAGCUGCUUUUUUCUGUUGAGACUAUCAUUAUUUGUCUUACCCAAGAGGCAGUGACCUGAAUUGGAUGUCUGAAGUAUAACUUAUGCAGGAAUAGUUCUGUAAAUACAUUUAAAUAAACUGUAAAGAUAUUUAAUAAAUAUAGUAUUUAUACUAA